AUGGCGGACGGGGCUCCCCGGCCCCAGCUAUAUCGCAGCGUCUCGUUCAAGCUCCUGGAGCGCUGGAGCGGCGGGCCCGGGCAGAGGGAAGAGGCCACGGACGCUCCGGGACUGCGGCGCCGCUCCUCGUGCCGACCGGUCGCGGCCGUCCCGGCCCAGCCCUCCCGGCGCGUGUCCAAGCUGGCGUCGGGGCCCCCGGCCGCCCCCGCGCAGCCGCGCCCGCUCCGCAGCCUCUCGCCGUCGGUGCGCCAGCUCUCCCGGCGCUUCGACACACAGCGUCUGGACGACAACUCCACCGGGGCCCGAGACGGGGGCGUCUCCCCGGCGGCAGCAGAAGAAGCAGCAGAGGGAGCCGCGCGCGGAGCCUGGCCCAGCGUCACAGAGAUGCGCAAGCUCUUCGGGGGCCCUGGCUCCAGGCGGCCCAGUGCCGACUCAGAGGCCUCGGGGACGCCCAGCCCUGACGGGGCCGCGUGGGAGCCCGCGACCCGGGAACCCCGGCAGCCCCCGACGCCACCUCCUCGGACGUGCUUCCCUUUGGCGGGCCUGCGUACGGCGCGGCCGCUGCCCGGCCCGGGGACCGAGGGGAGGAGGCGGCGGCAGCAACAGGAGCGAGCGCAGCGUCCGGCGGAUGGUUUACAUUCUUGGCAUAGCUUCUCCCAACCGCAGGCCUGGGCCCGGGCCUCCUCCUCCUCCAUCGCUUCCUCCUAUCCUGUCAGCCGCAGCCGGGCUGCCAGCUCCAGCGAGGAGGAAGAGGAGGGCCCGCCGCCGCCGCUGCCCGGGGCGCAGAGUCCGGCCUACCACGGCGGCCACUCCUCGGGCAGUGACGAGGACCAAGACGGUGAGGGUGGCCACUGCCGGGGAGGGAGGACGGGACCCAGGGCUGGAAGCUCCUCUUUGGAUAAAGACGGUAGGCCGGACAGUUAUGGGUUAAAUCCGAGCAGCAUGGACUCGGCAGGGGGAUCUGGGAGCCCCGAUCCCCCAACUCCUCCAAGAGCUCCUAGCGAGGAAGGACCCCAGGAGUGGGGUGCUGGCUCUCCUCCCUGUGUUCCAGGUCCCCAGGAAGGACUUCGGCCCUUGUCAGACACUGUGGGGGGGACGUUCCGCGUGGCCAAGGUGAGCUUUCCCGCGUACCUGGCCAGCCCUGCAGGCUCCCGCGGUAGCAGCCGUUAUUCCAGCACAGAGACUCUCAAGGAUGAGGAGCUGUGGGCCAGCCGGGGUUCUGGGAACUGGGGCGUGUAUCGCUCCCCCAGCUUUGGAGCCGGGGAAGGGCUCGUCAGGCCCCAGGUGCGAAGCCGCACCAAGGUACCUGUGGGCACCACGAGGGUAUCGCGGGAUGGAGGACUGGACCUAGACAAGAGCCGGCAACGGAAGUCCCUGUCGAAUCCGGAUAUUGCCUCGGAGACCCUGACGCUGCUCAGUUUCCUACGUUCAGACCUUUCAGAGCUGAGGGUCCGAAAGCCUGGUGGGCGACCUGGAGACCUUGGAAGUGGCCCGGUAGAUGGCAGAGAUUCACCAUCAGCAGAUAGCUCGGUGGGGCAACUUGGGCCCAUGCCCGCCCCAGCCCCAGCAUCAUCUGGCACCCGCCCCACACUGAAGGACUUGACGGCCACCCUCCGAAGGGCAAAGUCCUUUACCUGCUCUGAGAAGCCCAUGGCCCGCCGCCUAUCCCGCACUGGUGUCCUGAAGCCCAGCUCCUCUGAACUCCUGCUGGCAGGCCCAGGUGCUGAGGAGGACCCACUGCCCCUCGUCAUCCAGGAUCAGUAUGUUCAAGAGGCCCGUCAGGUGUUUGAGAAGAUCCAGCGCAUGGGUGCCCAGCAGGAUGAUGGCAGUGAUGUCCCCCCUGGGAGUCCUGACUGGGCAGGAGACGUGACCGGAGGGCAGCGGUCUCAAGAAGAACUCUCCGGCCCUGAGUCGAGUCUGACAGAUGAGGGCAUUGGAGCGGACCCUGAGCCUUCUGUUUUAGCAUUUCGCAGCCUGAGUCCCACAGGAGUUUGGCGACCCCUCUCCUCGUCCUCAGCCCAGACCAACCACCAUGGCCCUGGGGCUGAAGAGAGUCUGGGAGGGUGGGCCCUGGUGUCCCCUGAUACCCCUCCCACACCUGGUGCCCUCCGCCGCAGACGCAAAAUCCCACCUUCAGGCCCUGGUGGGACUGAACUGAGCAAUGGGGAGGCAGGUGAGGCCUACCGGUCUCUGAGUGACCCAAUUCCACAGCGCCACCGGGCCACCACCUCUGAGGAGCCGUCUGGGUUCUCUGUGGAUAGCAACCUCCUGGGUUCACUGAGCCCCAAGACAGGGCUUCCGACAGCCCCAGCUGUGGACGAGGGCUUGACCAGUGGCCACAGUGACUGGUCUGUAGGCAGUGAAGAGAGCAAGGGAUACCCUGAGGUUAUUCAGAGCAUUGUUCAGGGGCCAGGUGCCUUAGGGUGUGUGGUGGAUGACAGGGUUGCUGGCAAAGCCCCCAAGAAGAAAUCUCUGAGUGACCCCAGCCGCCGUGGGGAGCUGGCUGGGCCUGGAUUCGAGGGUCCUGGUGGGGAGCCCAUCAGAGAGGUCGAGCCCAUGUUGCCUCCGUCUAGCAGUGAGCCCAUCCUGGUUGAGAGGCAGGCAGAACCAGAAGAGCCCAGUCCUGCCAGGGGCCGGGCACAGUCUGAGAGGGCCCUACCUGAGGCCCCACCUGCCUCUUCCACUGCCCAUCAUGACUUCCACCUUGACCCAAAACUUGCUAACAUUCUGUCCCCACGGCUCAUUCGCCGUGGUUCCAAGAAGCGCCCAGCCCGGAGCAGUCAUCAGGAGCUCUCAAGAGAGGAGGGCAGUCAGGACCAGGCUGGCAGCCCGUCUCUGGCCCGACCCUCCUCCAAACACGUUCGCCAUGCCAGUGUGCCUGCCACCUUCACACCCAUCAUGGUUCCUGAGACACCGACUUCCGUUGGCCCCCCUGUGGCUGUGCCAGAGCCCACGGGCUUCCCUGCCAAAGCCCACCCCACGACGCAGGCACCAUCUCUUGAGGACGUCACUAAGCAGUACAUGCUGACCCUCCACUCCAGUGGGGUCCCCGCCCCAGUGCCCGUGGAUAUGCCCUGCCUGACUCCGACCGCACCACCGUCUGCGGAGGUCAAGCCCUCUGAGGCAGCCCGGGCUCCAGAUGAGCCUGCCCCAGCCAGCAAGUGCUGCAGCAAGCCGCAAGUGGAUAUGCGGAAGCACGUGACGAUGACCCUGCUGGACACAGAGCAGUCGUAUGUGGAGUCCCUGCGCACCCUGGUGCAGGGCUAUAUGCAGCCACUGAAGCAGCCGGAGAACUCCUUGCUCUGUGACCCGUCACUGGUGGAUGAGAUUUUCGACCAGAUCCCGGAGCUCUUGGAGCACCAUGAGCAGUUCCUGGAGCAGGUGCGGCACUGCGUGCAGAACUGGCACGCACAGCAGAAGGUGGGAGGCCUGCUUGUCCAGUCGUUCUCGAAGGAUGUCCUGGUCAACAUCUACUCUGCCUACAUCGACAACUUUCUCAAUGCGAAGGAUGCCGUGCGUGUGGCUAAGGAGGCGAGGCCUGCCUUUCUCAAGUUCCUGGAGCAAAGCAUGCGUGAGAACAAGGAGAAGCAGGCGCUGUCCGACCUCAUGAUCAAGCCUGUGCAGCGGAUCCCACGCUACGAGCUUCUGGUGAAGGACCUCCUGAAGCAUACGCCUGAGGACCACCCAGACUACCCUCUCCUGCUGGACGCUCAGCGGAACAUCAAGCAGGUGGCUGAGCGCAUCAACAAGGGUGUGCGAAGUGCUGAGGAGGCAGAGCGGCACGCCCGCGUGCUGCAGGAAAUUGAGGCCCACAUCGAGGGCAUGGAGGAUCUCCAGGCCCCUAUGCGGCGGUUCCUGAGGCAGGAGAUGGUCAUUGAAGUGAAGGCAGUCGGUGGCAAGAAGGACCGGUCCCUCUUCCUGUUCACGGACCUCAUCGUCUGCACCACCCUGAAGCGGAAGUCGGGCUCCCUGCGGCGCAGCUCCAUGAGCCUGUACACGGCAGCCAGCGUCAUCGACACGGCCAGCAAGUACAAGCUGCUGUGGAAGCUGCCACUGGACGAUGCGGACAUCAUCAAAGGGGCAUCUCAAGCUGCCAAUCGAGAGAACAUCCAGAAGGCGAUCAGCCGCCUGGACGAGGACCUGACCACCCUGGGCCAGAUGAGCAAGCUCUCGGAGAGCCUCGGUUUCCCCCACCAGAGCCUGGAUGACGCGCUGCGGGACCUCUCAGCUGCCAUGCACCGGGACUUGUCGGAGAAGCAGGCUCUGUGCUACGCGCUUUCCUUCCCUCCUACCAAGCUGGAGCUGUGCACCACGAGGCCCGAAGGCACCGACUCCUUCAUUUUUGACUUCCCCCACCCCGAUGCCCGCCUCGGCUUCGAGCAGGCCUUUGAUGAGGCCAAGAGGAAACUGGCCUCCAGCAAAAGCUGUCUAGACCCUGAAUUCCUGAAGGCCAUCCCCAUCAUGAAAACCCGCAGCGGCAUGCAGUUCUCGUGCGCAGCCCCGACCCUGAGCAGCUGCCCCGAGCCCACCCCCGAGGUGUGGGUGUGCAACAGCGACGGCUACGUGGGCCAGGUGUGUCUGCUGAGCCUGCGCGCUGAGCCCGAUGUGGAGGCCUGCAUCGCAGUCUGCUCCGCCCGCAUCCUCUGCAUCGGGGCGGUGCCAGGCCUGCAGCGCUGCUGCCACCGGGAACAGACCGCGUCGCUGAGGAACCCUCCAGAGACGGCACCCGAGCCUACCGGGCCAGACCUGGACGUCGAGGCGGCGGAAGAGGAAGCAGCGACGCUGGCCGAGCCAGGGCCCCAGCCAUGCCUGCACAUCUCCAUAGCGGGCUCAGGCCUGGAGAUGGCGCCAGGCCCCGCCGAGGGUGACCCCCGCCCGGAGCUAGUGCCCUUUGACAGCGACUCGGAUGAUGAGUCUUCGCCCAGCCCCUCGGGGACCCUGCAGAGCCAGGCCAGCCGGUCCACCAUCUCCUCUAGCUUUGGCAAUGAGGAGACCCCGAGCUCCAAGGAGGCCACAGCAGAGACCACCAGUUCAGAGGAGGAACAGGAGCCUGGCUUCCUGCCACUGUCUGGCUCCUUCGGGCCUGGUGGUCCCUGCGGCACCAGUCCCACGGAUGGGAGAGCCCUUCGUCGGUCCAGUCGUGGCUCCUUCACCCGUGGCAGCCUGGAGGACCUGCUGAGCGUUGACCCUGAGGCCUACCAGAGUUCCGUGUGGCUGGGCACCGAGGAUGGCUGUGUCCACGUGUACCAGUCCUCCGACAGCAUCCGUGAUCGCAGGAACAGCUUGAAGCUCCAACACUCAGCCUCUGUGACCUGCAUCCUGUAUCUGAAUAACCAGGUGUUUGUGUCUUUGGCCAAUGGAGAGCUCGUAGUCUACCAAAGAGAAGCAGGCCAUUUCUGGGAGCCUCAUAACUUCAAAUCGGUGACCCUGGGUGCUCAGGGGAGCCCCAUCACCAAGAUGGUGUCUGUGGGUGGGCGGCUGUGGUGUGGCUGCCAGAACCGAGUCCUUGUCCUGAGCCCUGACACGCUGCAGCUGGAGCACACGUUCUCCGUGGGGCAGGAUUCCAGUCGCAGCGUGGCUUGCAUGGUGGACUCCAGCCUGGGUGUGUGGGUGACAUUGAAAGGUAGUGCCCACGUGUGUCUCUACCAUCCAGACACGUUUGAGCAGCUGGCAGAGGUGGAUGUCACACCUCCUGUGCACAGGAUGCUGGCAGGUUCAGAUGCCAUCAUCCGGCAGCACAAGGCUGCCUGCCUGCGGAUCACAGCGCUGCUGGUGUGUGAAGAGCUGCUGUGGGUGGGCACCAGUGCAGGCGUGGUGCUCACCAUGCCCACCUCACCCAGUACCAUCAGCUGUCCACGGGCACCUCUCAGCCCUGCUGGCCUCGGCCAGGGACACACUGGCCAUGUCCGCUUCUUGGCCGCAGUCCAGCUUCCAGACGGCUUCAACCUGCUCUUCCCAACUCCACCACCUCCCCCAGAUACAGGCCCGGAGAAGCUGCCCUCACUGGAACAUCGGGACUCCCCUCGGCACCGAGGCCCUGCCUCGGCCAGGCCUAAAAUGCUGGUGAUCAGUGGAGGCGACGGCUACGAGGACUUCCGACUCAGCAGUGGGGGCGGCGGCAGCAGUGAGACUGUAGGCCGAGACGACAGCACAAACCACCUCCUCCUAUGGAGGGUGUGACCCUGUCCACGGUGGCCCAGGACUCGCCCACCCACGCACCCUCCGCCUGCUUGCCUCUUCCAAGCCCACUGGCAGACUCUCACAUGAGUGUCUGACCAGGGGCACACCCGUGCCUGCACAGUCUGCCUCCCAUCCUUGCGGAAGCAUUCCCAAUGGA